GGAUGAACUCUCUCUCCUCGACGUCGAUCGACGACGACAGCAACAAGACAGACAAGACAGACAGGCAGGCGAGUCGGGCAGCGGGAGAUCCGACGAGCGAGCCAUUUCCUCACCUUCUGGCGGCGGCCCAUGUCGAGGCGAACCGGAGCCCCGUUGGCAGCCUGAACGGAGCCCGUCGACUUAACUCCAGAGGACGGAACGGCAGCAGGACCAAGGGAGAGAUCGCUCUGGCACAUGCCUGCCUGGGUCGAGGUUGCUCCCGCCGACGCCACCCACCCACGGUGCACCCUCUCUGUCGCUCCUACUCUCAGAGUCCGAGACCACAUUCGAAGGUACAUUCCUGCAGGCUGCCUGGCUGCCUGCGCCUGGCACCACCACCACCAGCAGUGCCUGCGCGCGCGAGCCAGCAAAGAAACCUCCACCCGUGCCGGAGCCCGUUGUCCGGGACGAGCCCCCGUGCAUUCCGCAAACUGGACCCAGCGGCGCGCGCCCACCCUCCAGCGCCCUGAGCUCCACUGUCAGCCCUCCUGCGUCCCGAACCCCCCACCAGACACUCCGCGUCCCCCGCGUCACGUGCGUUGGCGCGUCCGGUCGGCACGGACGGGCGGGCGAACCGUACGGAGCUCGCAGGCUGCCGCGUCGAGCGCAAACGAGUGGCGCGCUAAAACACGCUACGGUGCCUGCUUCAGGUACCCUUGGGGUGCCGAGACAGCGCCUGCGGCAGCGGCCUCUAGCGGUACCUAAGCACUGUACCACGGGCGCUGCGACUUACACACAUGGAAUGGGCAGUCAAUCUGACGAACAAUCGCCAUUGAACACCCAUUGACUAUCUAUUCAUCGCUGGCUUUGGGGUCCCGGGACUCAACAAAAAGAUUUUGCUUCAACCAGCUGCAUUCAACCAUUUCCUUGCUCGCCAGUCCGCUUGUCUGGCACAUCUUGCCUUCCUCCAUCAUUGACGCCCACGCAGCGCCACCACUUCCAGCGAGGGACCCAAGCAACACAGCACCACAACAAGCACCAAGCAUUGCUCUUCAUUCGCAUCCUACCGUCACGCCUUCUCUUCAUAUACACGUGUUGUUCCACCUGCAAUUCAUCGAGGAAUUUUGUUCUUUCUUUUCUCCCUCUAUCGCUCCCUUUUAUACUGAGGUGAGUGACGUCGUGGUGCAGGCGGGCCGCCACGCACCACCCUUAGGUUUCUGGCGCCGGGCCCACCCGCGCAGACGCGACUUCCAGGGUGGAUUUGGCGCGUCACGAACGGGCACCCGCGGCACGAAACGAACUCACGCAGCAUGACAACCCGCCUCCCCAAUUUGAAUCGCGCACGCCUCAAUUAAACUACGCCUCUCCACACCAUACCACCGCUUCUCGCUUUCUUGCACCCAUUAACGCCCUCUUCUUUUUCUUCCUCUCCCCAUCAAUUACCUCUGGCCUACUCUCUCUUUUACCGACCACGCUUCCUCCUCGUCGAUUAUACCGAGCAUCGCGACGACGCGCCCACCACCGACCUGCCUACCUCUCUGCUCGCCCUUGAACGACUUCCCCCCGCCGCGAGGGGAGCUCCCGGCACUUCAUGGCGACGCCCCGGCCACACGCGCCCUCUCCGGGCUGCAGUGUAGGCUGGAACGGGGCCAUGAUGCCGGCUCCCGCUCAGGUCCCGAGCCAAGUUGACGAAUCCGGCCUGCAAGUCAGGUCUAUGAGCCUCAAGGUCCACUACACCUUCGACAAGGACUCCAGGGUCAACUGCCUCGCGCGUCACCCGCACACCUUGCAGGUGCGGACCGUCCCCGUCGACGAGACCGCCUCGAUCGGCAUUGUCGACCUGCGAGCAUGCAUCCACGCCAUCAUGGACUGCAGCCCCGAGCUCGCCAGCCCGGAUACCGACUACAGCAUAUAUGCCGUCGACUACUCCGAGCCCAACACGCCCUUGGUUGGCCAGGGCAUGCUCUCGCGGGCCCUCGACUCGCUUCGCGGCAACGGCGCGCCGCCCAAGAUGGUCAUCGGACGCGUCACCAAAAACCUCCUCGCCAUGUUCAGCGGCGGCAACAAGGAGACCCUCGAGGUCAAGCUCACACUCUCGGCUUCUGCCAAGCCCGUGCGCCACCACGCCUACGAGGCCAUGCCGUCGCAGGAUAUGGGCAUGAAUGCCCAGCACCAUCCAAUGCCCGUGCAACACCACAACAUGCAGAUGGAGCACCAAGACGCGGAGCCCCGAUACGUGGAGAGACCCUCCGAGCAGGCCAUGACGCCCUCGGGCGCUUCCGAAUGGGACUCUUUUAUGCAGUCCAAUCCCCAGCUGGGCCACACAGCACAAGUCGCCCGUGUCGCCUCGCCCGUCUACUCGCAGGGCCGAGCGCCGAUGCCUAAUCUUGCAGAGGCACCAGCGCGGCGGCCCCUCGCCCCGACCGUGCAGCUAGACAGCCAGAGCCCUCCUCUCCCGCAGGCAGAAUACCAGCAAGCCAUGUCGCCUGCCGCCCACGAAGUCCAGCGGGUAGCCCCGAUCCCGGUUGAACCCGGCGAGCAGCCCAGCCGCCCUGCCUCGAGACCUUCGAGCCGAGCUUCUAGCCGAACACGGACGAAGAAGCCGCCGACAGGACGCCCCAGAGGCCGCCCGCGCAAGCGCCCCGCGGAUGGAAACACCUCGGGCGCCGAGGAACCCGCCACUGAAGGCGAAGACGCCCAGCCCAAGAAGCGCGCAAGGACGACCAAGGCCACCGUCGUUGAGGGCAAGGCUCCUACCAACCCCUUUGCCACCGGUCCAGAGUCACUCCGCGUGGCUGCCAGCACGUCGGGGUCGCUCAGGAACUUCCGUCCUCUUGCGUCGUCCUCCCAUGAGGCUGCAGGCAGCCAUCUGCAGGAGGUUCCCCGCGCCCCUACUCCGGUUCCCGACGGGGGUCCCUUUGGUGGCGCGUCGGGACGGAACCAAAACGCGAGCAAGCUGCGACGAGAGUCCACGCUUAGCCAACAGCAUUCUGCCAUCGCAUAUGCCGAUUUGAGACUACAGCCGCUGUCGCCUGGCCAGGAAGACGGCCGCUCGCCCGAGUCUGUUGCCGUCACACCCUUUUCCGAGGGAAGCACUCCCGACAUCAGCUCCUCACCUCCGAUGCAGCGCCGGGCACCUAUGAUCCGCUCAAGCCCGCCUGCUUCAAGUCCUGUCCUGCCGCCGAUGCCCACGCGAGCAGAGGACGAGCCUCCUGUGACGAGUCUGGCCAACGAUGACAUGGGGGAUCUCUUUGGCGAGGAGCCUGCGCAGCCAACAACCAAGGCCAUUGAGCCGUCCCGACCAGCUGCUGAGCAGCAACGUGCCCCCACAAGAGCACACGGGGUCCCUAUCCAGAUCUUCCAAAUACAGGAUGGUCCAGAGGGCCAGGACAUGGUGUUUCUACGAAGCAUCAAUGGCGCGCCGCUGCCGAAUCAUGUUCCCGCGCCGUAUCACGACCAAGUCGCGCCGGGCUACCCACCCUCAUAUCACGGUGUGCCUCACCACGCGGGCGCACUGCAGGAGCAUCUGCAGCAGUUUCCGCCCGUACCACCACCUUCUAGCGACGCUCCGACCCUGCCGCCUCUCAAGGACGAGCCCGCCCCGAAGCGAAAGCGUGCUCCGGCCAAGAGGAAGCCCAAGGCAAAGACGGCCGUUGUUGCCGAACCGGCCAUUAUGCAGCCCACGCCGCCUCCGACCACUGAUGCGGCGAGGCCCACAAGCCCAGUGCGAAACCAAUUUGCCCAGAGCGAUGCGACACUGAGCCUGGAGGCUGAUCCAGAGCCGAUGCGGGGCGUCGUUCACACCGACAGUCUCGGAGAUCGUGAGAUGGUGGAGGCCCCCAAGCAGGCGCCCCUCGAAAGUACUUCUCCCCAGGAGACGUCUCGUCAGCAGACGACAGCAUCAAUAGAGCCUCCAACGCAGCCGGCCCAACCUCCCAGGCCGGCCAAGUCGCGCACGUUUGCUCGGUCCCAAUCAGCAGGAGCCUUGGCUUUGCCUCAGGUGCCAGCCAGCGAGCCAGCUGGCCCCUCAUCAUUAUCACGGUCCACUAUAGCUCAUCCGGACCCCCCGGCUCCCACGAUGCUGAAGCGCGCUACCUCAUCGGGUCCUCUCGCGCUGCCAAUGCCCGCGAGCGAUCCCAUCGGACCCGGCAGCUCCAACCUCCGUGUUUCCGAGUUGCAUCUGCCCGAGCCUGAGCCGUCGAACAGCUUCCUACCGCCCGUAUCCUCUCCUCCGACAAGGUCAAACAAGAAUAUCGUCAAGAAGAACGCCAUCAAGCAGCGGCUCGAGCAAGCCAUCAACGCCGGCGAGUUGCCGCCAUUUUGCACAAACUGCGGCAACAUUGAGACGCCUACGUGGCGCAAAAUCUGGGUGCAGGACCAGGAAGGAUCGCUACCUGAGGGGGUCGAGUUCUCGGAGAAGCCAGGCAUGAUCACCGCGUUCGAAGUGGUUGAGCGAGACGAAAAGGACAAGGUGACCAAGUACCGCGUCAUCAAGAAGAGCCUUGCACCAAAGGAGGACAAGACGCCCUGGCAGGAGCUCUUGCUGUGCAACCCGUGUGGCAUCUGGCUUUGCAAGAGCAAGGUCCAUCGUCCGCGAGACCGCUGGGAUAAGGAUAUUGAGAGGCUCGGCCAGGAACGCCGCAAGAAGGGCACCGGCCGCACCGUCCCGCGACCAAAGAAGCCGCGGUCGAAGAGCGACCCGCAAUCCAACCUCACGUCCGAGGCGUAUCUGCCAACCGAUGGGCUCGGCCCGCUGGAGCCCUCGUCGCCCAAGCUUCCUGAGACCGGCAUGGCUCCGACGGAUGCUCCCCAAGACGACAGGCAAGCGGCCGCGCCGCGCGCCACGUCCGCAGACGCGAUUUCGAACCCCGGAUCAACACACUCGCGCGGCAGUGGUACCGUGAAGAGCCCUAUCGAUUUGGCAUUCGAUGAAGCCGUCGGCAGCACUAAGAGACUGCUGUUUCCUUCACCACGGAAGGAUGGCGAGAUGAAGCGGUUGAAGCAGUAUGUGGAAGGCGAAAAGCAGAACGCUGCAGAGAGCGCGCCCGAGGAGAACAAUGACGACGAGGUCGACUCCCUGUUUAGGAGCCCAGUGAUGCGGCCGUCGACGCCUCCGCCCAGCGGGAAGCCGAAUGCGGCUGCCGGGCCUUUCAAGACGCCAACGCGACCGACGCCCAGCCACCGACCGAUCACUAGAAGUGUCACCAGGAGUGCAUCUAAGUCGUUGCGGUCCGGGCGGCAGGUCCCAGAAUCGCCAAGCCAGGCGCUGCUGCUGCCACAGCACACGCCUACCAAGACUCCCCGGGCCGGUGCCGGGGUCCCAGGAAGCGUCAGCAUUAGGAGAAGCCCUCGCAACCACCAAGGGGCCUUUGAGGAGACGCCCAUCUCACGAACUAUCAACGAGGCAUUCUCCGAGUUCUCGGAUCCUGUCCACUUCGAUGUGACUGAGAACAUGGACCUCAGCCUACUGCCUGCGCUGGAUAUGACGUCGGACAUGCUCGACUACUAUGCGUUCUUUAGCACGGACGGCAUGAUGCCCAGCUCUCCGACGCAGGGCAACCAUGCGAGCCUCGAGUACAACGGCACGGCUAGGGACUCGAGCCGGUGGCCCAUGGACAACUCGGCGCAAGAGCAUGGUGGGGACUUGUGAGCAUCGCAGAGCACGGCAAGCUUUUUGAGUGUGCGCGGGGAUUGAGAGCGGGCGUCUCAAAACUUUACGACGAAUGAAUGUUUUCUGAAUCAAGCAUGGGUGUAUGGAGUUUGAAAACGCUGCCGGGCGUGGCAGACGUUGGAUUAUGGGAAUGAUGUGUACCAUGGCAAUACCAGGGGGCGAGUAGAGCUGACAGAUGGAGUCAGUCCGAGGGGGCUGAGGAAUGAGGAUUGAGGAUACUGACGGGCCAGCGCUGCCUGUUGGGAUACGUACGAAGAAGUGGCUUGGGAUACAUGGAUUCCCUACAAACUUGCUGUGGCGAGAAAUACAAUGGCUGCGCAACAGAGCGCAUUGGCUUUAC